AUGUCCGUCCUGCUGCCUCUCACAGGACUUCUCAUCCUGAUCUCAUCGACGUUCGGAUCAGAAUCCAGCGUGCCGACCCCGGUGAGCUGCGUGACCCGCGGAGCAGACCUGGUCCAGGACCGCCUGGUGGUCCUGUGUCCUCCAGACUGCUCACAGUGGAGGAUGUCGGUGUUCGGGACGGGGGUCUACGCCUCCGUGUCCUCGGUGUGCGGAGCGGCGGUCCACAGGGGCCUGCUGGGUCCGGCUGGCGGUCCCGUCAGAGUCCACAAGUUGCAGGGACGACACAACUACCUGAGCUCGUACUCUCACGGGGUCCAGUCCCAGGCGCUGCCCCGCUGGACCGCCUCCUUCAGCCUCACCAAGCCUGUUCAUGUCCCAUUGGAGCUGACCAGUGAGACCAGCACCACCGCUCUGCCUGCAGCGCCUCCAGCAGCAAAGAAGCCACUGAAGAAGUCAUCAGUGAAGAAAGUUCUGACUGGUGGAAAUAAAGACUGUCAGAUGGACAUCGCCAUGGUGAUUGACAGCAGUAAGAACAUCGGCCAGCGGAGGUUCAACCUGCAGAAGAACUUUGUGGCCAAACUGGCCGCCAUGCUGAGAGUCGGAUCCACAGGACCUCAUGUAGGCCUGAUCCAGUCCAGCGAUUCUCCUAGAACUGAGUUCUUACUGAACAACUUCACUCAGCCCAAAGAGCUGCUGUUCGCCAUCAAGGAGCUCAACUACAUGGGAGGAGACACCAACACAGGUAAGGCCAUCCUGCACACAGCAGAGACCUUCUUCAGCCAGGAGCGCGGCGGGAGGCGGGGCCACCCGCGGGUCAUGGUGGUGCUGGUGGACGGCUGGCCGUCUGACGACCUGGAGCAGGCCGCCACCUUCGCCAGAGAGUCCGGCAUCAACGUGUUCCUGGUGUCCGUGGCCAAGCCGGCGCCCGAGGAGCUCGCCAUGGUGCAGGACAAUGACUUCAUGAAGAAGGCUGUGUGCAAAGAUAACGGUUUCUUCAGUUACAUGAUCCCCAGCUGGUUUAGCACCACCAAACAUGUGAAGCCUCUUACUCAGAAGCUCUGCUCGCUGGACAACCUGCUCUGCAGUAAAACGUGCUACAACUCUGUGAACAUCGGGUUCCUCAUUGACGGCUCUUCCAGCGUCGGGGAGGCGAACUUCCAGCUGGUCCUGGACUUCUUGGCAGGAAUCGCCAGAAGCUUUGACAUCUCAGACGUGGGCGCUCACAUCGGUGCGGUGCAGUUCACCUAUGACCAGCGGAUGGAGUUCGGCCUGUUCGACUUCUCCAGCAAGGAGGAGUCCAUCAACGCCGUGAAGCGGAUCCCCUACAUGAGCGGAGGAACGGCCACCGGAGCCGCCAUCAACUACGCCACCGAGAACCUGUUCAGGCGGACCGGACCGGGCCGCAACUUCCUCAUCGUGGUGACGGACGGCCAGUCGUACGACGACAUCACGCACCCGGCCAUGGCUGCUCAGAAGCUCGACAUCACCAUGUUCUCUGUGGGCGUGGCCUGGGCGCCCAUGGAGGACCUCAAAGCGAUGGCAUCAGAGCCGAAGGACAGCCACACCUUCUUCAGCAGAGAGUUCACCGGCCUCGCCGAGUUCGUCCCGCCGCUGGUCCGAGGCAUCUGCCGAGACUUCACAGAGAAAAACUAG